UUUUGAGAAGGAGACACCAAACACCACCUAAGUCUCAUACGGUCUUUACAACGGAUAAAAUAUUGUUUUGGUGCUUACGCCAAGCUACCGUUGGGCCGUUCCUCCACUUAGCCAUCUAUGAUCUAUCCAUGACCUUCACAACUAAUCCGUACACACAGUUUUAGCCUCGUCUUUUUCACAAUGGCAGCGACACUCACAUUUCAUCUUUCCCACCUUGCUCGCCACUUCCCUUUCUCUUCUCCAAUUUUUCGUCAUCUUCAUCCUCCGAAGCCUCACGUCCUCGCCUUCCGCCGUAAGCUUCGCCACCGCUCCCUUUUCUUCAGCUGCCACUUCUCCCGCCGCUGCUUCUCCGUCUCCGCAACUUCGGACUCUGGAGUGGGUUUUGCAGAUUGGAAGAGUAAUGUUGGAGCAGUUGAUGAAAGGUUUGAUGUGAUUGUAGUUGGAGGAGGACAUGCUGGGUGUGAAGCUGCACUUGCUUCUGCUCGUUUAGGGGCUAAAACUCUUCUACUCACACUGAAUAUUGAUCGAAUUGCUUGGCAGCCUUGCAAUCCAGCAGUAGGAGGACCUGCAAAAUCACAACUUGUGCAUGAAGUGGAUGCACUCGGUGGUGAAAUUGGGAAGCUUGCUGAUAGGUGCUAUUUACAAAAGCGUGUUCUCAAUUCCUCUAGAGGUCCUGCAGUUAGAGCAUUGCGUGCUCAAACUGAUAAAAGGGAAUAUGCUAUGCAAAUGAGAAACAUAGUGGAAAGCGCUCCAAACCUUUCUAUUAGAGAGGCAAUGGUGACAGAUAUCUUAUUAGGGAAGAAUGACAACGUGGAAGGUGUCCGCACAUUUUUUGGGAUGGACUUCUAUGCUCCUUCUGUUAUUCUGACAACGGGCACUUUUAUGAGUGGGAAAAUUUGGGUUGGUAGGACUUCUAUGCCUGCUGGAAGAGCUGGUGAGUCAGCGUCACAGGGACUUACCGAGAACUUGCAGCGCCUUGGAUUUGAAACUGAUCGGUUAAAGACUGGAACUCCAGCACGUGUGGACUGUCGUACUGUAGACUUUUCUGGAUUGGAACCUCAGCAUGGAGAUGAAGAGGUCAGCUGGUUUAGCUUUGAUUCUGAUUUUCAUAUUGAGAGGGAGCAAAUGUGCUGCUAUCUAACACGUACGACAAAGAGCACUCACCAGCUAAUCAAAGAGAAUUUGCAUGAAACUCCCACUUAUGGAGGAUGGGUUGAAGCUAAGGGACCCAGAUACUGCCCUUCCAUUGAAGAUAAGAUUGUGAGGUUUCAAGACAAAGAGUCGCAUCAAAUAUUUCUUGAACCAGAGGGCCGAAAUGUGCCAGAGCUUUAUGUCCAGGGUUUCUCAACUGGUUUACCAGAGAGGCUACAGUUACCACUCUUAAGAACUUUGCCAGGACUAGAAAACUGUUCAAUGCUGAGACCUGCUUAUGCUGUAGAAUAUGAUUUUUUGCCUGCUCAUCAAUGUUCUAGGUCUCUUAUGACAAAGAAAAUUGAUGGACUUUUCUUCUCUGGUCAGAUAAAUGGAACCACUGGCUAUGAAGAGGCUGCAGCACAGGGCAUCAUUUCUGGUAUCAAUGCUGCCAGACACUCAGAUGGUAAGCCCCUCAUUGUUCUUGAAAGGGAGAGCAGCUACAUAGGGACACUGAUUGAUGAUCUGGUUACUAAAGAUCUUCGGGAGCCUUAUCGAAUGUUGACAAGCCGCUCAGAACACCGAUUAGUACUUCGAUCUGAUAAUGCUGAUAGUCGUCUCGCACCUUUGGGACAUGAAAUUGGGUUGAUUGAUGACAGACGCUGGAAACUAUACCAGGAUAAGCAAGCUCGCAUUUCAGAGGAAAAGAAGCGAUUAAAAACUGUCAAGAUUUCUGGAGGAGAUUUGGCUGCUGAUGUUACUCGCCUGUCUGGUCAGCCUGUAAAGGACUCUUCAACACUGGAGAGUCUUCUCAAGAAGCCACACAUACCAUAUAGAGUUCUUGAUAAGCAUGGUCUUGGGAAUGAACUUUUAUCUAGAGUGGAGAAAGAAUGUGUUGAAAUUGAUAUUAAGUAUGAAGGCUUCAUUACACGCCAGCAAAACCAACUCCAACAGAUGGUCCAUCAACAACAUAGACCACUUCCAGAGGACUUGGAUUACUAUGCAAUGACAACUUUAUCUCUUGAAGCACGUGAGAAACUCUCCAAGGUCAGGCCACAAACUAUUGGCCAAGCAAGCAGAGUGGGUGGGGUAAGCCCUGCUGACAUUACUGCUCUCCUCAUUAUUCUUGAAGUCAAUCGUAGGAGAGCUCAAGAACAGCGGAGGCACCAGAGAUUGAAAGAAGUCAUUACAGAUACAGAUCAACAUGUGUCCCAAGUUCCAUUGACCGAGACAAUCAUCUCUUGAUAUGUCCUGGGUUGGCUACUAUUAUUAUCUGCGUAUCAGUUUCCAAAUUGAGUUGAAUGCAGACUUACACCCCACUCAAUUCAAAGAAGCAUUAGAGAACUAGGCAAAUAAGUGUCAAAUUCAACUUCUGAAAAUCAUGAGACCUAUCGGAAAGCUAUGUGGUAAUUAUGUAAAGACGGGUUGUUCAGCAGAAUCUACAAAACUAACCACCAAAUGCACUUCUGCCCCCAUGCAAUUCAAGAAUUUUGAUCAUCUUCAUCACACUACCACAGCAACAGAUGUGAAGGUCAGCUUGGGGCCACUCUCAGACGCAAGUGCAAUAGUUGAGUAAAAUUUUCUCGGCACUUGAUCUAUAUUUUCAACAAUGAAUUUGUCUUAAAGCUUCUGCUGUGUCAUAGUUUUGUAGUCUCACUGGAUCAAUGGGUAUUGUUUUAGGGAGAAUUAUUUGGUUUUUCCAAAAUACAGGUGUCGUGGUAUUCCAAACCAAUAAAAGCAAGCCAUCUAAUAUAAAUAUUAACUUUUUUCAUGACUUUUUGAGUUUAUAUCAUAUUUUUGUGUUUGGUAACUUGUAUUUAUUGGUUUGGAGUACUACGUCAAUUAUACUCUAGGGAGAACUCUUUGUUUAGUAUUGUUCUUUGUAAUUAGUGUAUGUAUACAGGUCUUGAUUUAAGUGAAACUCUUUAUAGUGGCCACAACCUUUGCUUAAUAAUAAUUAAUACUCAUCAAGAAGAUUUCUAGGUUCAAA